AUGCAAGCCUUGCUUAUUCUCUUGGUUCUCCUCUUGUCUCCUGGAGCUGGAUCUCGUGAGCCAUUCCUGGACCACUCUGUCCUCUGGGAUUUUACAACCUAUCCCAAGUCUGUUAGCCUGGAGGAGAUUAUUGAUGGUGUUGAGUCCAAGCCACACUCCCGCCCUUACAUGGCCCAUCUGGAGAUCACCACUGACAGAGGCUACAGUGGCAGCUGUGGGGGGUUUCUCAUAACUCCACAGUUUGUGAUAACUGCUGCGCAUUGUAAAGGAAGAGAAAUUACUGUCACUCUUGGAGCUCAUAAUGUGAGAAAGAAGGAAUCCACACAGCAGAAGCUGAAAGUCAUAGAGCAAAUUGUUCACCCGGACUACCACUUCUUUACCAAUAUCAAUGACAUCAUGUUACUGAAGCUUAAAAAGAAAGUCAAGUUGACCACUGCUGUGGACACAGUACCUCUGCCAAACCCAGCUACCUUUAUUCAACCUGGGAGAAUGUGUCGAGCAGCUGGCUGGGGGAGAACUGGAGCAACAGAGCCAGUGUCAGACACUCUGAGAGAGGUGAAGUUGAGAAUCAUGGAUAAAACGGCCUGUGGAAAGUACUGGCAUUAUAACAACAAUUUGCAAAUCUGUGUGGGCAAUCCUAGGAAGACAAGAUCUGCAUACAAGGGAGACUCCGGGGGACCCCUCCUAUGUGCUGGAGUGGCCCAUGGUAUCGUGUCCUAUGGACGUGAAGAUGCAAAGCCUCCUGCUGUCUUCACUCGCAUCUCUCCAUAUGUGCCCUGGAUUAACGAAGUCAUAAAGAAGGGUAGCCAAGAAGCCUUACCAUCCUGACAGUCCUCAAGCCAACGUUCUUCUGGAAGCCCCUGGCUUCGCAGAGCCCAUCCCUAGCAUGUUCCCAGGGGGCUCUCGAGGAAGCCUCUAGUGGUUUUUCUCCCCCAAUAUCUCAAUAAAGCCUCGGCCUCCAGCA